GACAAAAACCUAACUCUCUCCUCCAGGAUUCUAACCCACCCACCAAUAGAGAGAGAGAGAGGUCCACCAUAACAAAGCAGCCCUAUUAUAUAAAUUGCUUUGCUUUCUUUACACCAUUUUUCAGGGGGAGAAACAGAUUCAUUCACCUAACCCGUUCUCUUUUUUAUUUUGGUUUCAGCCUUCUCAAAUUUCCUUCCUAGUUUUCAUCGCCUUUUCUACCGGGAUAUCCAUUCUAGCGAUAUCUGGCGUCCUCACGUACAUGACUCUUCCUAAUCAGCAUUGAUCUCUCAAUCCUCCCAAAAAUGGAUUUUUUAGAUAACCAUUUCGGCGCAAAUCGGAUUUCUUCCUCCUCUCUGACUGUCUCAAUUUUUUAAAACCAUGAAAAAUUAUAUCUGGGUAUUGAUCAAGGCCUAGCAAAAGAGCCAUAUCCGCAACCUUCUUCAUGGGUAAGAAGGGAAUCCAAUUGUUCGACGACAAAAAUGAUGGCUUUUUCUCCAUAUGUAAUCUGGGAUCCCAAUGGAGCUUUCAAGAUGGGUAUUGUCACCCAGGUGGAUUGUUUGCAAGCGUUGGUCAAAUGGGAAUGGGAUGCGGAUUGUCCCCAAAUUCUCCAGGCUCUGGCGACAAAAGCGGAGUAAAGUCACAAUACAGUGAUUUGCAUGUGAAAUACUUAUCACCACCGGAGGAUGUACGCGUUGUUAGUGCACCGGCGGAUGAGGUGACACUGAAGAAGACGAAGAAGAAGGGUGGUCUUAGAUUGAAAAUAAAGGUAGCGAAUCCUGCUCUGAGGAGGUUGAUAAGCGGGGCCAUAGCGGGAGCAAUUUCCAGAACAGCAGUGGCGCCACUGGAGACCGUCAGGACACAUUUGAUGGUGGGUUGCAGUGGGCAUUCAACCGCCCAGGUGUUUGAUAAUAUUAUGAAGACUGAUGGGUGGAAAGGAUUGUUUAGAGGUAAUUUGGUUAAUGUGAUUCGCGUUGCGCCUAGUAAGGCAAUUGAGCUUUUUGUUUAUGACACUGUUAAUAAGAAGUUAUCAUCCAAGCCUGGCGAGCAGCAAAAAAUUCCAAUUCCUGCAUCACUAGUUGCAGGGGCAUGUGCUGGAGUCAGCUCCACUUUAUGCACCUAUCCCCUUGAAUUAAUCAAGACUCGACUGACCAUACAGGGUUCAGGGCGCAGUUAA